AUGUACGGCAGAAGAAUGACCACCGCCGGCGCCGGCGCCGACCUGGCUUGCCUCGCCGUCCUCCGCCACUGCACCUGUUUCUCCAAACUAACUCAGAUCCACGCCACAAUACUCAAAUUCGGCCUGCACAAUAACGGCGUCAUCCUCACAAAGUUCACUGCCGUUUCUUCAGACCUCGGUGCCAUUGACUACGCCUGUUCUUUCCUUUUCUCCCCAAAUUCCGACCUCCAUUGCCACGACACCUUCCUCUUCAACACCGUCAUUAAAGCCUACGCCGACACUCCUCAUCUUAAGCGCACCGGCGUCUGCUACUAUCGCAAGAUGCUCCGCCACGGCGGCGGCGGCGCCGAUCCAAACAACUACACCUACCCGUUCGUCUUCAAGGCCUGCGCGGGGAUCGGGGAUUUAAAAUUAGGGCAGUCGGUCCACGCCUCUGCAAUGAAGCUAGGGUUCCAUUUCCACGCUCACGUUGCCAACAGCAUGAUUCACACGUACUGCAGUUGUGAGGGCGGUAUUGGAUAUGCACGGAAGGUGUUCGACGAAAUGCCUGAACUCAAUGUAGUUUCCUGGAGCACGAUGAUCGGUGGGUAUGUGAAGUCUAGCAUGUCCAGUGAUGCUAUAAAGCUCUUCAGAAGCUUCCAGAUUCAUGGGGAGAGGCCUGACGAGGCUACAAUGGCGAUGGUGCUAUCUGCUUGUGCUGAUUUAGGGGCCCUCGAGCUGGGGAGAUGGGUGGAGGCUUACAUGGUGAGGGAGAAUCUUCCGAUGGAAUCGGAAAUCGUAUACAACGCAAUGAUUGACAUGUUUGCAAAGUGCGGCGAUGUCGACAAGGCAUUGAAGCUGUUCCGGAAAAUGCCUCCGGGGAAGAGGACCGUCGUUGCUUGGACGUGUGCAAUUUCUGGUAUGGCAUUACACGGCCGUGGGUUAGAGGCAGUGUCUUUGUUCGAAGAGAUGAAGGGGGCCGGUGUAGUACCUGACGAUGUCGUGUUCAUUGGUUUACUCUCGGCUUGUAGCCAUUCCGGUCUGGUCAAGGAGGGCUGGCGAUAUUUUGAUUCGAUGGUGACUGAGCAUGGAAUUGAGCCUAGGGUAGAGCAUUAUGGAUGCAUGGUGGAUAUGUUGAGCCGGGCCGGGUUUGUCGAGGAAGCUCUGAAAUUCAUCGACAAAAUGCCCAUGGCUCCGAGUCCAGUUAUCUGGCGAAGUUUAGUUUCUGCAUGCCGUAGUCGAGGUCAGCUGGCUCUCGGCGAGCGAGUAAGUAAGAAUCUCAUUGUUCAGGAUCCGAUGGAAGAAUCAAACUAUGUCCUGCUCUCCAGUGUCUACGCAAAAUCGCAGGAUUGGGCGAAGAAGACUCGAGCCCGGGAAGCUAUGGGGAAGAAACGAGUCCAGAAGAUCCCCGGAAGCACGAUGAUUGAGCUUGCCGGAGAUAUUCAUGAGUUUGUCGCCGGGGAUAAAUGCCAUGCCGAGUAUCCGAAGAUAUAUGAAAUGGCGGAUGAGAUGGAGACGAAGAUUAGGGCAGCCGGGUACGUGGCCUCGGCAUCAGAAGUCAUGCUCGACAUCGACAGAGAGGAUAAAGAGGGAGCUCUGCACAGGCAUAGUGAGAGGCUGGCUAUGGCAUUUGCACUCCUGAAAACACCGCCAGGAUCAACUAUAAGACUGAUGAAGAACUUACGGGUUUGCGACGACUGCCAUUCGGCUACUAAGAUUAUAUCCGUCGUGUACAGGCGCGAAAUCUUGGUCCGGGAUAGAAGCCGGUUUCACCACUUCAAGAAUGGCUUGUGCUCCUGUAAAGAUUUCUGGUAGAUCGAGAGA